AGUUACGAGAUUACAAACUGUCAUUUCCAUUUCAGAAAUUUAAUAACUUUGUGGAGCAGAGUCUAGCAAAUGGAUGCACAAAUGAUCUGACUUUUUUCUGUGCCUAUACAUUCCGUGGUUGCAACAAAGAAAACAUGCUGGAUGCUAUUGGACCUUGUUUUGAAACGUGUAUUGAUCAGUGUUUUGAUCAACCAUACAGCUACUGUGCCAAUGAAGGUCUCACAAAAAUAGAAACAAGUAUGCCAGAAGAUGACAUAAAAUUUUUUGAAAAAUUUGCGUUACCAACCAUCAAGUCUGGGUGCUCUAAUGUGGCCAAGUUCUUUUACUGCGGCGUGGUUUUCCCCCUGUGUGAUGAAAACAGUGGUCCUAAAUAUCCUUGCAAAAAAUAUUGUGUUG